ACUGUGGCACUAAAGAAGUAGAGCUGGCAUAGGCUAAAAACCCAGUAAUCCAGCAAAAUGGGGAGGGGCAGCCUGGGGUGCUUAAGCCAAAGUGCUUUUAGUCUUCCUUUAGCUUCUGUUUCAAAUAGUCCUUGUGUGAGGUCUAGCCAAGGUGUGAAGGAUCCAGUUUGCUAGCCCCUAGUGUCCCUGUGUAGGUCCGCACAAGCCCCAGCUCAGUAAUGGAGGCUUUGAAGGCUGAUCAGUGGUUCUUGGACCAUUUACUUCCAGCAGGCCUCUGGUAUAGAUCAGACUGUGUUCAUCCAAAUAGGAGGGGCCUGGAGGCGGGGCAGGUAACAAGGCAGGUUUGACAAGUAUGUGGGAACACGGAGAGGGUUGGUCCAACAAUAGAUACACUCCUUCGGGGAGGGGCACUUACCUCCCUAGUAGCAGACAAGCCAGAAACUGGGUCAGAACAGAAGAGACCACGAUCCUCCACAAGUGCUAACAGGUCCAAUCUAGAUGCCGUGUCCUCGGCUGCCCUGGCUCCGCCGCCACCGGGCCUCCCAGAGCUCGGGUCCCGUUUCCCCAGGGACCCUCUCUGCACCCAGCUCCCCUAGCAGAGGCGAAGAUGAGGACGCAGAGGAGGAGGGUGAUGGCACCCCUGGCUCAGGCCCCAUCCUGCCCCCCUCAUCACCCAUGGAAUGUCUUAUCUGCGUGUCACCUUUCGAUGGAGUUUUCAAGCUGCCUAAGCGCCUGGACUGUGGCCACGUCUUCUGUCUCGAGUGCCUGGCACGCCUGUCGCUGGCUACUUCGGGUGGUGGCGACGCAGUGGCUUGUCCCAUGUGCCGGGCGCCCACACGCUUGGCCCCGAGGCGAGGGCUGCCCGCUCUGCCCACACAGCCCAGUCUGCUGCCUCGCGAUGCUCGAGCAGCAGCACCACGCCAGGGCUCCGUGCGCUUCGACCGCCGCCGGGGGCUUCUGUACUUGCGGCCACCGCCACCAACUCCUGGGCCACGCAAGAGCCGCACAGUGCGCGCCCCACCGCCUCCACCUCCGCUGCGCCUCGGCCGCCCUCUGUCGCGUCGCCUGUCCCUGAGCAGUCCAGCAUGGGCCUUCAACGCAGCGGUGGCGCUGGCAGUGCUGGUGGCCGCGGGCCUCGUGGUCUCUGGUGUCUACAUUUUCUUCCUCAUCCCUCAUGUCACCACCUCUAGCUCCACGCGGCCUCAGAUCGUGGCGCUGGCCCCUGAAAAUGGCUUCUGGGUUCCACCGCGGCCCACGCCAGUGGCGCCCUGGACCCACGCCUGGACAUCCCUCCCCACAAAGUCUGACCUGGACGAUACUCUACCAGAGGCUAAGAAGGACACGCCCGAGCUUGAGGAGGCUGCCAAGAAUCCAGUAGUAGAGACACAAGGAAUUCUGGAUACACCAACAGAUCAAACACCAAAGGCAAAAACUGACCUUGGCUGGGACCCACAGGCAUUGGUUUAUGGGAAGAGGGUGUAACUGCAAGCAAUAAAUGCCUCCAUGCUACAGGCCCUGUCUCCCGGGCCUGAUGACUUCUGUGUCAUCCUGGAGGGCAUUAACAGAAUGUACACUAAAAUGCCCAUUUCUGUGGCUUGCCCCAUGACUGGAUAG